GACUGUAAGGCGGUGUGUGCAAUGGGGACAAGAAAAUGGGGAAUUUGCCUAUCAACAUUGGGGAAUUUGCUUCUUCGACUGAAUUAAAUGUUGUGAUGAGAAUGAUUUGGGGAAGUACGUUGGGAUCUGAUGAAGAAAAGAAUGAAGAGAUUGGAGGAGUGUUUAGGGAGUUAAUGGGGAAGUAUGUUGACACGUCUGCUGAGCCUAAUAUCUCUGAUUUCUUCCCCUGGCUUGCUAGAUUCGAUUUGCAGGGGAUAGAGGCCAAGAUGGAGGGUAUGAGGAAGGCUGUGGACAAUAUUUUUGAACCCAUCAUUAAGGAAGGUGUAAGGAUAGUUUCUGAGAAAUCUGGGAGUGUGAGCAACGGCGACGAAAAGAAGGAUUUUCUGCAGAUCCUUUUAGAGCUGAAGGAGCGUGAUGACGCUAGGAGAUCAUUGGAUUUCCAAGCAAUCAAGGCAAUGUUGCUGGAUAUUGUGAUAGGAGGGACGGAUACCACAGCCACAAUGGUAGAGUGGGUUAUGACAACAUUACUUGAUAAUCCAGAGAUAAUGAAAAAGGUCCAGAAGGAAUUAGAGGAGAUUGUAGGAAUAAUCAAUAUUGUUGAAGAGUUCCAUCUACCAAAGCUCAGCUAUUUGGAUGCAGUUGUGAAGGAGACAUUCCGUUUAUACCCAGCAUUACCACUUCUAGUCCCCAGGUGCCCAACUAAUACUACACAAGUUGGCGGAUACACCAUUCCUAAGGGUACUAGGGUCCUUCUAAAUAUCUAUGCAAUACAUAGAGACCCUCAACUUUGGGACAAUCCUUUGGAGUUUAGGCCUGAAAGGUUCCUUGACCAAACUUCUGGUUUAGAUUAUACAGGCAAUGAUCAUAGGUUUUUGCCAUUUGGAUCUGGGAGGAGAAUUUGUGCUGGUAUUCCCUUGGCAGAGAAAAUGCUUAUUUAUAUUUUGAGUUCACUAUUGCACUCCUUUGACUGGCAUCUUCCUGAAGGUAAAAAUCUUGACCUAUCUGAUAAAUUUGGGAUAGUCACUAAGAAAAAUGUUCCCUUGAUUGUUGUGCCAGCACAGAGGUUAUCUAAAUACGAACUUUAUCAAUAAUUUUAUUUACAGAAAUAUAUGUCUUCAUGUAAAUAGUAUAAUGGGGUGCCAGCAAGUACCAUCAUCUAUCUAGCUACGUAUGAAUACUAAAUGGCAUUACUACAUUAGUGUGCAAUUGUGUUCUUUUCCAUUAUAGUGCAUAUACUCAUACCUACUCCA